UGAAGGCGUCUCUGUAGAUCGUACGCAUAUAUUUCUUUUGUGCUUGUGUCCAGCAGUUUCGGUUCUCCUGUUGUCGCUACUUCCUGGUGGAAUAACAUCGUCGCCCAAGAUGAAGGCGAAACUAAGCGCUGAAUGGCGAAAGCGCGUCAAGUCCGAGUACAUGAGGUUGAGGCAGAUCAAACGCUACAAGCGUGCCGAUGAGGUCAAGAUUGCAUGGAAUCAGAAUCGUAAGGUUAUGACAGAACUGUUAGACGAGGAACACAAAAGGUGGACAGACUGCAAAGUGAUGUGGUUAGCGAUGCAGGAUGUUACAGCACACUCAUCGUGCAUGAAAAAGGCAGAGAUAACGAGCUCCGAUGGUGAAAUUCAAAGUUGUGCCAUUAAAAUCAUCAGCGCAGUCACACCCAUUCCUACCAUGUACACCUGGGCACCGAUUCAACAGAACUUCAUGGUUGAAGACGAAACCGUGUUGCACAAUAUUCCCUACAUGGGUGAUGAGAUUCUUGAUCAGGAUGGCACGUUCAUCGAGGAGUUGAUUAAAAACUACGAUGGAAAAGUGCACGGUGAUCGUGAAUCUGGAUUUAUGGAUGAUUCUAUAUUCGUUGAUUUAGUGAAUGCCUUGUCGGCUUAUGAAAAGGAUGAUAAAGAGAAAGAAGCUCCCAAAAAGUUAAAGGAUUCGAAAGAUAAAGAGAAGGAUGGUGAAAAAAUUGAAGAAGACGAUAAGAAAAAUAUUAAGACUGAUAGUAAGGAGGAUGAGACCAAAGUCGAUGCAACGCCCUUCCCUUCAAUGCAAAUAUUCACUGCCAUAUCCAACAUGUUUCCUGACAAAGGUACUGCCGAAGAAUUGAAGGACAAAUACAUUGAACUGACAGAGAGAUCAGAUCCCAAUGCACUGCCCCCAGAAUGCACACCAAACAUUGAUGGUCCCAAUGCCAAAAAUGUUCCAAGAGAGCAAACGAUGCACUCGUUUCACACCCUGUUUUGCCGUAGGUGUUUCAAGUACGACUGUUUUCUUCAUCCCGCCAGAGGAACUUCACCGCAAGGUUUGCAAGCUCUCCAUCCCGUGCCGAAUUUGAACAAACGCAAAGGACCCGAUCUCAAACCGUUUGCCGAAGCUUGUGGUGCUGAUUGUUUCAUGCAUUUGGAGGGCAUGAAAGAGAAACUAGCAGCACAGGCAGCCGACAUGAAGGAGGAAGAUGAAGAAAAACGGCCAAGAAAGAUGCGCAAGCAAACAAGCGUUGAUUCAGGCAACGAGGCGAGCAGCGAAGACAGCAAUGACAGUAACAAAUUCAGUCAAGGAGGUGGAUGUCAAGACUUUAAACAAAACGUCAAUAACAAAGACGCUAAAGCAGAUGAAGAAACGCAAAUGCAAGACCAGCUGCAACCUGACCAACAGCUCACCCCGUUCUCUCUGCUGAGCAGCAAUGACAAGGAUCGCAUCAAAUUUGAAACCGAGCCUCCCUGGACAGGCUCCGAGCAAAGCUUGUUUCGCGCACUGCAAAAGGUCUUUCCUGGCAAUCCAUGUGCCCUUGCCCAGAUAAUGCUUACCAAGAGCUGCCGCAAGGUCUACGAGUUUUCUCUUAAAGAAGCUAGUGACAUACCUGAGAUCGAGAACCUCAAGGACUUUACUCCACCCAGGAAGAAGAAGAAGAAACACAGGCUCUGGUCGAUGCAUUGUCGCAAGAUUCAACUCAAAAAAGAUUCGGGUGCCAAUCACGUCCACAACUUUACGCCAUGCGAUCACCCAAAUCGGCCCUGCGACAACUCUUGUCCUUGCAUUCAGGCACAAAACUUUUGCGAAAAGUUCUGCCAGUGCAGCAGCGAGUGUCAAAAUCGCUUCCCCGGCUGCCGUUGCAAAGCACAAUGCAACACAAAACAGUGCCCCUGCUACCUCGCGGUACGCGAGUGCGAUCCCGACUUGUGUCAGACCUGCGGAGCGGAUCAGUAUCACAUACAAAAGAUUUCGUGUAAAAAUGUCAGCGUUCAGCGUGGACUUCACAAGCAUUUGCUCAUGGCACCAUCUGACGUGGCUGGCUGGGGUAUUUUCUUAAAAGAGUCUGCCAUAAAAAAUGAAUUCAUAUCCGAAUAUUGCGGCGAAAUCAUCAGUCAAGAUGAAGCCGAUAGAAGAGGAAAAGUUUAUGACAAAUACAUGUGCAGUUUUCUGUUUAAUCUUAACAACGACUUUGUCGUUGACGCCACGAGGAAAGGUAAUAAGAUUAGAUUCGCCAAUCACUCGAUAAAUCCAAAUUGUUAUGCCAAAGUGAUGAUGGUUAAUGGUGACCAUAGGAUUGGAAUUUUCGCUAAACGAGCAAUACAGCCAGGCGAGGAAUUGUUCUUUGAUUAUCGAUAUGGGCCAACGGAGCAACUAAAGUUUGUGGGCAUCGAGCGAGAAAUGGAAUUUUUGUGAUAAACUUCUUAGAAGUAAAAGAUCUCGGUUAUUUCAUUUGAUGAUUUUUUUUAACAAUUAUGUUUUAAUAUAUUAUUAACGAUGAUCAUUGACAUUGUACAUUAU